GUCAUUUCAGAUAUGCGCUGUCCACCAAACAGUCACUACAAGACCUGUGGCACAGCCUGUCCUCCAUCCUGCGAGUAUAAUGCCACCGCCUGUACAACGGCCUGUGUUGUGGGCUGCUUCUGCGACCCUGGAUUUAUCAGGAGUCCGACUGGCUGCGUGCGUCCACAUCAGUGUGGCUGUACUGAGUCCACAGGCAAAUACCACAGCCUCAACUCAACUUACUGGACCCCAGACAACUGUGGUCAGCUCUGCACCUGUGGACCAGCUACUGGAGAGGUCCACUGCCAAGCGGCCCACUGCCCGAGAGGAAUGGUCUGCAAGGAGCUACAUCGCAAGAAAAUGUGUCAGCCUGAGAAACCCAUGAACUGUACAAUGGUUACAGGGAUGCAUUUUACAAGCUUUGAUGGACAUCAUUUUGAUUACAGAGACAGUUGUUCAUACUCUUUGGUUCAAACCAAGUCUAAUGUAACAGAACUUACACCGUUCACCAUCACUAUCUCUGAUGCAAUUUGUCACAAAAGGCUUUUUAAUAGCCUCAACUUAAAUCUCUCUAUCUAUGAUUUGGAGGUUGUGGUGGGAAAGCAUGACCCAGGAAAGAUUUUUGUUGAUGGACAUCAUGAGCCCCUGCCAUACUCCCACCCCACAGGCCACGUUAAUGCCUACCGCACACCUUCAUCCCUUGUCAUUAACACCGAUGUGGGCCUACAGGUGGUCGUCUACAACUCCGGCACGCUUAUGGUUAUUCUCUCCAGGAGCUAUGCCUCAUCCGUCUCUGGUCUUUGUGCGAAUGCAAACUCUGACCCUGAAGAUGACCUGAUGAUGCCUGAUGAAGAGCAAGCCCAAAAUGUUCUGGAGUUUGUCCACAGCUGGAGGUCUCGGGGAGCCGAGGCCUGCAGGGACGACUGUUUCUCCAGACUGAAGCAUUGUCCGGCUGAGACGCAGAAGCUGUUUGAAGGCAGCGAUUUCUGUGGGGUGUUGUUGAAUGAGCUCGGGCCCUUUGCAGACUGUUCCUCAGUUUUAAGUCCCGAGCAUUACUUUCACAGUUGUGUAGUAGAUGUCUGCUCUUACAGCAUACACUACUCUGCACUCUGCAGCUCCAUUGCAUCGUACGCAGCUGCCUGCCAAGCAGCUCGUCUACCAGUGAGGCAUUGGAGAAGUGACACUUUCUGUCGUAUGUCAUGCCCCAAAAACAGCCACUAUGAGCUGUGUGGACCUCGAUGCCCUGUUGUGUGCCAAGGACUGUCCUCUCCAGCACACUGCAGCGGAGGUUGUGAGGAAGGAUGCCAGUGUGACCACGGCUACGUCUUGAGCGAUGGUCAGUGUGUGCUGGUUUCUGACUGCGGAUGCAUGCAUGAGGGACACUAUCACCCCGCUGGCCCCUUCUUGGAAAACUGCGAAAAGUGUAACUGUGAAAGAGGACUGCUCACCUGCGUCGCCAUCGCGGACUGUUCAGCAGAGAAGGGCCCUGCCUUGCAGUACGGUGUGUGCCAAGUGUUUGCUGGUUUUGGCUACGUUACAUUCGAUGGUGGUGUUCUGCCUCACCAUGGAGCUUGCACAUAUCUAUUGUCGGCUGUCUCCUCUAAGGCUACUCCAGACUACACUCUUCUAAUAAGCUUCAAAAAUGAAAGCAGUGGAAACUUCACAAUCAGCAGACUAGUAUUUGAUAUGCUUUCUCUUGAGGUGUCUAUUGACCCUGAAACUCUAUGGAAGAUACAGGUUAAUAAAGAAGAGCGCAGCGUCCCUUUUGACAAUGGUGAACUUCAAACAUACAAAGAUGGCAACAGACUGAUUAUCAAAACACGAUCCGGGUUGGAAUUGUCCUUGUCCUCCACACAAUACCUCAGGUUAACUGUACCCCAGGUAUAUAAUGGCACAGCUUCAGGCCUCUGUGGGAACUUCAAUGGGGACGAGUCUGAUGACAUGGAACUGAGAAAUGGUAGUCUCACCAGCAGCUUUGCGGAGCUCCUGCACAGUUGGGCAGAGUCGGCUCCUGAAGAACACUGUGCCGACACCUGUGGGAGCGAGUGUAACGAGUGCAGCCUGUCCCCACACGACAGCGGUGUCUGCGACGCCCUUUUGAGCAUUAGUGUUGAAUUCAGCCAACACCGGAGCAGCAGUGUGGAGUGGGAGAUUUACACGCAAAUGUGCCUAAGGGCAGUUUGUGCUGGGGCAGGAGACAGGGCCCUAUGUCUUGCACUGGAAGCACUUUUUUCAGCCUGUGAAGCUAAAGGAAUACCAGUAGGACCAUGGAGAGAGCAUACUCCGUGUACUCUUCAGUGUCCUGACCGCAGUAGCCCAAGUGUCUGUGUUGAGGCCGGUUCCAGUUCAUGCCCUGCUUUGCUCCAGCCUGGUUCUCCAGCGACCAGCUGUUCAGAAGGCUGCCAGUGCCAUCACCAUAAUGUGUUUGAUGGGGGAGAGUGUGUGCCUUACAGUCAGUGCGGGUGUCUUCUUGGUGAUAAAUAUAUCAAGACUGAUGAGCUCCUCUACACAGAGGACUGCACCCAGAGAUGUUGGUGUCACCCUCUCAGUGGGGUGCUUUGUGAGGAUGCAGGCUGUGACUCAGAGCAGCAAUGUACUCUGAGGAAUGGCUCUUGGAGCUGUCGGGAUAGACCUGAAGUUUGUGAGCUCAGGAACAGCCUCCAGGUGUCCACCCUCAGUAGUCAGCAGCUAAUCCUGGAGCCCAGCGUAGCUUACAGUCUGAUGUCUCUGUGCGAUGAAGCCAGUGCGCAGUGGUUCAGCGUGAUGUCCUACUGUGGACCUUGUAAUGGCAGCUCCAGACCAGUCAGUGUGUUUCAAAUCCUCCUGCACGGAUCGUCGAUCACCAUUCAGGAUGGUACAGUAAAGGUGAAUGGACAGUUGGUGUCCCUCCCUCACAUUUUGCCAUUCAGGGUCUCCCUGAAAUCAGGAAUGAGCCAGGACAAGUCAGAGGUCACUGUGAUUCUGAGCAGAGAUGCUGGGAUGGAGAAAGAGCUGGACGUAGAGAUUGGUGUUACCAUGGUGACAAUAAAGACUCCUCUCUGGUACUCGGAAAAACUGUGUGGUCUAUGUGGAAACCUGAACGACCUCCACGCUCUCAGGUCGGUCAGGUCAUGGGCCCUCUCUGACUUUCCAGGCUGUGGCUUCACCGGAUGAUAGCUGUCUGUUUUGAUUUUCUAUUAAUAUGUAUUGUUUUAAAUACAAAACAGUUGAAACAACUCUGUCGUGGCUUCAUUGAAACUCUGGAUAUCUUGACUUUCUUGUACAUUUAUACAUUACACUAGAAGCUCUUAUCAGUGAGCCCAUAUACCUUUUGUAAUCAGGUCUUCUCCAGCCACUGUUGUUUAGGUUUAAACUAAUAAAAUCAUGAG